GGGAGAUGUGGCACGCCCGAGUCCCCGCGUGUCCCUGGGAGCCGCCAGCUGACACCACCAGCAGACACACAUUGUGGCGACGCUUCUCGGGUCGGUGGCGCGGGAGAAACAAUCCUUACUUCACAGUCUAGUCAUAAGUAACGCAAGUUAAAGCUCCACUUCUUUUGAAACCACAGACCGCACCUCCACCUGUACUGUGCCUUCAUGAAGUCCGAGGAGCAGCCCCAACGCAGCGAAAGCACAGCAAACACGACAAUGGAGACGCCAGCCAAAGGGACGCCGCAAAAAGGCCCCGACAGCAGCCCCAAGGAGGAGGGGUCGUCGGUGCGCCUGAGGAAGGAGCUGGGCUUGCUGGAGGGCAUCACCAUGAUCCUUGGCAUCAUCAUUGGCUCGGGCAUCUUCGUGGCUCCGAAGGGCGUCAUCACCUACGUGGGCAGCGUGGGCAUGUCCCUCAUAGUGUGGGCGGCGAGCGGCCUGCUCACCAUGCUGGGCGCCCUUUGCUACGCCGAGCUGGGCACCAUGAUCCCGGAGAGUGGCGGGAUGUACGCCUACCUUCACGCAGCGUUUGGGCCCCUGCCGGCGUUCCUGUACAUCUGGGUGACGGCAGUGCUGCGCAACUGUGCAGGCGGUGCGGUGGUCGCCUUCACCUUCUCCAAUUACCUGGUGAUGGCCAUCUUUGGGGGGUGCGAGGUUGUCCCCGACGCGGCCGUCAGGCUCAUCACCGCCAUACUCAUCUGCUUCCUGUCGUGGGUGAACUGCGUGAACGUGAAGUGGGCGACGAAGGUGCAGAAUGUGUUCACGGUGAGCAAGGUGGUGGCACUGACGGUGGUGAUCGUGACGGGGGCAGUGUACCUGGGCACCGGCCACCUGGACAACUAUCAAGAUCCCAUGUAUGGCACCGACUGGAGAGCAGGUGUCAUUGCCACCGCCUUUUACCAGAGUCUUUUCUCUUACGGUGGAUGGGAGAAUCUCUACUACGUGGCCGAGGAGCUGAAGAACCCGAACAGGAACCUGCCGCUCGCCAUUAUUGUGUCAACCUCGCUCGUGACAUUCAUCUACACGUUCACCAACGCCGCCUACCUGGCUGUGCUGACUCCCACUGAGAUGAUAUCCUCCAGCGCUGUGGCUGUGACGUUCGCUAACCGCACGCUGGGCGUUAUGGCGUGGAUCAUGCCGGUCUUUGUCAUCUGCUCCACGUUCGGUUCAACUAACGGCAUCAUCUUCACCCAGUCGCGUCUUAUAUUUGCUGCAGCGAGGAAAGGACACUUCCCUGAGGCGCUCUCCCUCGUCAACAUCGACCAUGUUACGCCCAUGCCGGCCAUCGUGAUCCAUGGCGUCGGGCUGCUACUGAUGCUGGUCACGUCGGACGUGGUGAUGCUAAUCAACUACACCAGCUGCGUCAUGACGCUCACCAACCUGGGCUGCAUGGGCGCACUCUUCUGGUUCCGCUACCGAGAGCCUGACCGUGAAAGGCCCUUCAAGGUGUGGCUGGUGCUGCCGGUGGUGUUCACGGUGACCCAAGUCUUCCUGCUGGUGCUGCCCAUCAUCCAGAACCCCCUCGAGGUGGGUGUGGCCGUCGUGUUCAUCGUCUCGGGACUACCAAUCUACUACAUCACCAUCUACUGCGAACCCAUAACGAAGAAGCUUUCAAGACCCAUGCGACGACUGACCAUCUGGUGCCAGCUGUUGUUCAGGAGCCUGCCAGAGAAAGAGGCUUGAGGGCCGCCGCUUUCUCCACCACCACCACCACCACCACCACCACCACCACUAGCUUCUACUUUCACUCCUGCUGCGGCUGCUGAUGCUGCUGGUGGUCACGACGACUGUGACUCAUAAGGCUUGCAUAUCACUGAAUGUCAUAUUUUUUUUCCAAUCUAUAUUUAUAUUACUGUCUUGCCACGUAACAAGAAUGAGGAAGAUUUUUUCAGGCAGUCUGCGAUGUUAGACAUGGAACGUGCUUACUAGGAAAUCUGAAAUCCUGUGAACAGAUCAUUUCCAUGCUUCCAACGAUAUCUGAAAUCCUGUGAACAGAUCAUUUCCAUGCUUCCAACGAUAUCUGAAAUCCUGUGAACAGAUCAUUUCCAUGCUUCCAACGAUAUCUGAAAUCCUGUGA